AUGAGUCGUUGGUUUGUGAUGUGCCUUUUCUUAAUUUCCCUAUGCUUUGCUCUCUGCGUCCAUUCACAAAGCCCUCCACAGCAGGUGGGAUCUCCCUCUCCAACUCCUUCGGUUGGUGGUAGUCCAGGGUCGGGAGGUGGAGGCGGCGGUGGUGGAGGUAGUGGUUCAUCAGGUGGCUCUGGGUAUGGUUCAGGAAGUGGUGGUGGUACUGGAAGUGGGGGUAGUGGAGGGCACGGAGGCGGAAGCGGUGGAGGUAGCAGCAGUGGGCGUGGUAGCAGUGGCGGUGGCUACGGCUUCGGAAGUGGAAGUGGAAGCAGUGGAGGCAGUGGUGGUGGAGAUGAUGGCGGCAGCAUGCCUAGGAAGGUUGGGAAGAAUACUUAA